GGUGGGUUCCUUGAGAUAUUAUAUCUCGAAGCAACAAUAGAAAAGAAACAGAAGAUAUAUUAAGCUGAAACACAUAUAGAAUACACAUAUACAUGGAGAUAAAACAGAGCAGAUCUAGAAUUGGAAAGCAGAGCAAGAGCAUGCAUAAGGAGCACCUAAUUGGGAUCCCAAUCACCUCGUUGGAAUAUGCAUUUGCACAUAAGAACUCUCUGAAAGAACUUUUACAUGAUCCUUCUACACAAUACCAGCUCCAUCCUUCUCCUUCCAAACAUUAUUCCAAGAUCAGAUACAGUAGUGUAGAUUCAAUUUUGGCUAAGAUGAUCAAACUAGGGCAAACCAUGGACAUUUUCGCUCAAGGAGUACGAGAACACAUGAGAUUAGGACCAAACCUAAGCGAAACAGUGAAAGGGAAGUUAAGCCUGGGGGCCAGAAUCUUUCAGGUUGGAGGAGUAGACAAAGUGUUCAGGCACAAGUUCAAUACCAGUGAUGAUGAGAAGUUGUUGAGGGCUUCGCAAUGCUAUUUAUCAACAACAGGUGGGCCUAUAGCUGGACUCCUCUUUGUUUCUGAUCAUAGAAUUGCCUUCUGCAGUGAGAGAUGCAUCAAACUCACUGCUCCAACUGGAAAGACUCUAAGAGCACAUUACAAGGUGAUGAUCCCCAUAAGGAAAAUAAAUAGAGUUUGUGAAAGUGAGAAUGUGGCAAAACCAAAACAGAAGUACAUGCAACUCGUGACAGAGGACAAUUUUGAUUUCUGGUUCAUGGGAUUUCUAAAUUACAAAAGGACUUUUAAGUAUAUCCAGCAAGCAAUCCAACAAAUCAGAUGAGCCCUUCCAGCUGAAAUAUUCAAAUGAUAUCUGUUUGUGUUUAACAGUAGACGCUAGCUCUACUCCGUAUCUGUACAGAUAUGUAAAUAUGAUGUAAUGUGGAUCUCAUGUUUAAAUAAAAGAUGUUAGAGAUUAUUUCUCCUUGAAAUAGGACAAUAAUAGAGAAGUGCAUGGAUGCCAAGCAUGAAAGGGAGUAAAACCUGAGAGAGGUUAGUAGUAACAUGAAAACCAGCACAUUUUGCGCACAAAUUAAACUUGGUAUGAUUUCAGAUCAUCAUUUUGUGAAUGUUCACAUUUUUCCAGGCCAGAAUAGUAUGUGAAGAAACAGGCCCUUUAUGCCAAACUUCAAGUACCAAUAACUAAAUGGUAAAGCCUGAUUGAUGAGCUGCACUAGGAAGUAAUGAUAAAAGUGCCUACUUCUUCUGAUGCAUGUUGUAAGUGCAAAGGCAAGUUUCUUCAGACACAAUUCAAGGUUGAACUCACAAAAUAUUGUCCCAAGUUAAGAAAAACAUUGAAUUUUGCAAAACUAAACCAGAUAUAUUGGGUGGGUAACUACACAAAGAAUGGAAUAUGAAAUAGAACUGGAUGUCAUUUACUUCACUGCACAUAUCUUAUCCACAGCAAGAAAGGCAACGCUAAACUCUAAACCCUGUACAUAAUAUUUUUUCCUUCAAACAAAAGA